CUGAGUUCUGACUCCUGCUGCGCUCUCAGCGUCUGUAUUCUCCUCAGUUGGAUACUUGGAUGACUCCAUGAGCAUACUCCUACUAUCUGUCUAUCUCUGUCUCUCUCUCUCACACAAACACUACGAUAUGCUUGGGAGCUUCAUCUCAUCUGGACUUCAGACCACCCAAUUGCAUUGCUGUCUCCGGAAAUUUAGUACAUCUUGUUUAAAGGAAAAUCAGUGAAGUAGCAUGCAUCUGAAGAGGGGAAAAAAGUUACUACUCAAGUAACAAGAGGCUUCGUCUUUACCUACAUUCUGUGGUUUCAAGAUUGUGGUUUUCUAUUGAAUAGGAAUCUGAUUUAAGCUGCAAAUUUGAGUUGUCAUGGCUGGAGGUAAUACCCAUAGGAAGAAGUCUUGUGCUUGUUGCAAAGAAUACCUGGAGCAUCUGGGUGGAAAAAUGAGAUGUUUCCUCAGGCGAAUGGCUGCUGAUUCUAUGCACAGCAUGAUCAUGCCAGAUAGAUUUGUCAGCCAUUUUGGAGGAAAGAUCCCAGGAACCAUAAAAUUGGAAUCUCCUAAUGGUAUUUUGUAUGUUGUUGAAGUCACUGAGUGCAUGAAUAAGACACUCCUACAAUGCGGUUGGGAGGCAUUUGUUGAUGCUCAUAACAUAAAAGAGGGUGAAUCUUUGUUAUUCCGACACAUCGAGAAUUCCCGUUAUGAGGUUCUGAUUCUAGAUUCUGAUGACUGUGAGAAAGUAUUCUCCUGUGCUGGCAUAAGAAACGGUUCUUGUGUUCAAGACAAAACUGUAGAUCCUGUUGAUAGUUCAGGUAGCUCUAGUAAUGAUACCACGCAAUCAUCACGGAGUAGAAACACUGAAAAUUUGACAGCAAUGUGCUCUUCAUCUGAGAAAUCAGGAGAAGACAGUCCUUCUGGAUAUGAAUUUCAUGAGUCAGUUGAACCUCAGACACCUUCAGGGUCUGAUUACGUGCUAUCACGCAGGACUUAUUUAUCUGAAGCACAAAAGGAGAGAGUGGUCACGCAUAUCCAGGAUAUUCAACCUGAAAUUACUGUGUUUGUGGCUGUUAUGAAGAAGUGCAAUCUUCAGUCUCCAGCUCCUUAUCUGGUUAUUUCUAGCCGCUAUGCUUCUGUACACUUUCCACGUGAAACCGCAACUAUCACGCUUCAGAGGCCAAGCAAGAGAAAGAAGUGGUAUCCCAGGUUCUACAAGAGAAUAGACAAGAGUGAUCACAUGCUUAGGGGACAGUGGCAAAACUUUGUCCAUGACAAUUGUCUGCAGGAAGAAGACAUCUGCCUCUUCGUACCAACAAAAGGAGGAAGAAACUUCGCGUUUACUGUCCAUUUGCUCCAAGCAGAAGUGACUCAUUCCAGGGAUGGGACUGAUGUUCACAAGAUUGGCUCAAGUCAAAACAAAAGAAAUUCAAAGAUGGCUUCACAAGUCCAUAUUAAGGAGGCACCAGGGGGGGACGUUUCCUCUGAGAGCAACAAGCAUGGAGUUUCACACGAAUCACUGGAGAGUGAAGACUCUGACGGUCCUUCUGAACCUCCCUACAUCUCAUCAAUGAGACGCCGGUUAUCUCAAUUGCAGAAGAAGACAGUUGAGGAGAAAGUGCGAGCCAUCCAAUCUGAAAUUCCCAUUUGUGUAGCAACCAUAAGCAAACUUGCUGGCAGUGGUGGCAAGGGGAAAUUCCGCGGACUAGAGCUAAGUUCGCGAUAUGCUGCCUCAUAUCUUCCGGAUAAAAAUCAUCAAACUUUGGUGCUCCAAUGCAAGGGGAUGAUCUGGCAAAUCAAUUUGGUGGUGCGUCGUAGAUAUACAAAGGGAAAGAGGUGGUUCCUUACUGCAGGUUGGCGCAAAUUUGCUCACGACAACCGCCUUCGUGUCGGGGACUUCUGUCUGUUCGAACUGAAGAAGAAGAAGAAGCUCACCAUGGAGGUCCAUAUCAUUUCCAAUCUGCAGCGUUACCCUGAAGUAGAGUAGAAUGAUGCAUAAUGUCUGAUCGAUGAUACUUUGGAAGCUUAUUUUUUCUUGUUUUGUAAUCAGAAUUCCGAAAGGAGGAUGAAACCUGUUUGUAUUUGUUCUUCAAUUUGCUUGUUUUGCAACCUGAAGUCCGAAAGGGUAGGAGGAUGAAACCUAUUUGUAUUUGUGAAUGAUGUUAACUUUCCGAUGCACUAUAUCCACCUUGUGAGGCCCUGAGAAUUUGUGGUCUUCAGUUUUUCUA